UCACAUGACCGCACUUCUCUGUAUGUUUGUUUGGGACCUCACCAGCAGAGCUGAACGAUGGCUGAGACGGAUGACAGAGAAAACUUGCUGGGCGAAUAUGAACCUCUCCACCCCAGGGCUGACGGCGACGCUCCGAAGCCGAUGUCCGCGAUUUGUGACCCGAGCAAGCUGGCGCACCGGGUGCUUGUGCUGGUGUUCAUGUGCUUCCUGGGCUUCGGGAGUUAUUUCUGCUAUGACAACCCGGCAGCUCUGCAGAUACAGGUCCAACAGGACAUGAACCUGAACACCUCCAAGUUCAUGCUGCUGUACGCCUGGUACUCCUGGCCCAACGUGGUUCUGUGCUUCCUGGGCGGCUUUCUGCUGGACCGCGUCUUCGGGAUCCGGCUGGGAACGGUCAUCUUCUCGCUGUUCGUUUGCGCUGGACAGGUCAUCUUUGCGGCUGGAGCGUUGUUUAAUGCUUUUUGGUUGAUGGAAGCCGGACGGUUUGUUUUCGGGAUCGGGGGCGAGUCCCUGGCGGUGGCUCAGAACACGUACGCAGUCAGCUGGUUUAAAGGGAAAGAGCUCAACCUGGUGUUCGGCCUUCAGCUCAGCAUGGCCAGGCUGGGCAGCACGGUGAAUAUGAAUAUUAUGGGCUGGGUUUAUGGCCGUGUGCAAAGCACGCUGGGAUCAGCUGGACACACCACCCUGGGGGCCACGCUCAUGAUUGCUGCAGUGACGUGUUUGUUCUCGCUGGUCUGCGCUCUGAUCUUGGGCUUCCUGGAUAAACGGGCUGAGAAGAUUUUAAACAAGGAGCAGGGAAAGACGGGGGAAGUGAUCAAGCUGUCGGAUGUGAAGGAAUUCUCCCUCUCCCUGUGGCUCAUCUUCAUCAUCUGCGUGGCCUACUACGCAGCCAUCUUCCCCUUCAUUGGCCUGGGCCAGGUUUUCUUCAUUGAGAAGUUUAACUUUUCUCCUGCUGAAGCAAGAGCUGUGAACAGCAUCGUGUACAUCAUCUCCGCUCCGGCCUCGCCCAUCCUGGGCUUCCUGGUGGAUCGGACCGGGAAGAACGUGGUGUGGGUCAUGUGCGCCGUGUUCGCCACGCUGGCUGCACACAUGAUGCUGGCCUUCACCUUCUGGAACCCCUGGAUCGCCAUGUGUCUGCUGGGCGUGUCCUACUCCCUCCUGGCCUGCGCUCUCUGGCCAAUGGUGGCCUUCCUGGUUCCUGAGCACCAACUGGGGACCGCCUAUGGAUUCAUGCAGUCCAUUCAGAACCUUGGCCUGGCACUCAUCGCCAUGGCAGCAGGAGCCAUCCUGGACCACAGGGGGUACCUGUUCCUGGAGGUGUUCUUUUGUGCCUGCAUCUGCAUGGCCCUGAUCGCUGUGGUGUUGCUGUACCUUGUGGACUUUCUCAGAGGAGGGGAUCUGAACCUCUCCGCCUCGGCCAGAGCCAGACUCCGGGGGAGCAGCACGUCUGAUUAUGAGUGAGCACGUUCAGUCCGGCUGCCACCAAUCACCUGAGGAGCCUCACCUGUCACUCACUCACCUGGGGCAUUACUGCGUCAUACAAGCUCCUCCCACUGCUCUGACUCCUCCCACAUGCUGCAGCUGGCUCCACCCUUCCCACUGACCUCACUGACUGACCCCUCCUCCCUCUGGGGUUACACCUUAUUUUAGUUGUUUGCUUUCUCAACCACUUUUACUUCUUAAGUAUGAGACGGGAAGGGGCGUGUCUGGACUGCAGGUGUGACACGUCUGUCAGCAGGCUUGGACCUCAUACCUGCACAGCUCCGGUACUUUCCCACAGGAUAAACCUCGUGGACUUCUGACAGGCUGUAAUGCAGUGGAGGGAUCUGAAUGGGGAGGGCCCAGGUGAGUGUACAGGGAGAGGCUGCAGACUCAGGCAGCUGGACGGGGUUCCUCAGGGCUCAAGCCUUGGCUCCAUUUGGAGAGUAUAAAUCAGACUGCACUGAGACCUUAUUCAGCUUAUAUCUGCCUGGUGCUGGAGGGGCUCCUAUGCUGGUUCAGCGCCGUCUUCCUGCUUUCAUCUGCCAUAAGAUGCACAUUUUUAUCUGUUCUCUCUCCCAAGAGUUACGGCGGGAACAAGCAAAUUUCCUUUUUUAACGUCCUGAACGUUUUCUGCCGGAGCCUUUGAACAUUCAAUGCUUAUAUUCUCUUGCUGCUUUUUUUAUUGUUUUUAAAAAAUAAUUAUUUAAGCACCUGUUCGAAAGCUGUGUGCAAUAUGAUUGAGGUAAUCAACGAAAGAGGCAUUUAAAAACACAAAACCACUGUUACUAACAAAGCAAAACUGAAAUUGAAACUGAAUCUGAGCUCGUCUGUGGGUUCUGUCCGAUUCUGAUUCUGAUCACUCUGUCUGGGACAUGCUACAGCGCGAGCACUUCCUGCUUUUACACACCUGGCUCCUGCAGGAUUCUGACAUUGGUCACCAGUCCGUAGCGGAUAUGAUGACCCCUCCAGGGUUGCCUUUUUUAUUUUUAAGGGGCCGCAAACCAAACUUAAACCCUUCAGGUUCAAUUAUUAGUGAUAAACCAACUAUAGGAUGGCUAUACUAAUAGUGUAAUGUUUUUUUUUUUUUUUGUUUUUUUGUAAUUCAAAUUUUUUAUUAUUUUCAAAGCGGUGCAAAAUGGUACAGAUACAGUACAUUGCAGCAUUUUUGUACAUUUUUAGAAUACAGCCAUUCCUUACAGGAAAUACCAAAUAAAUAAAAUGAAAUAAAAAUUCCAAUAGUAUAAGAUGAAAAACAAUAAUAAACAGAAGACAAGGUGGACAUAAAAAGUACAGUAUGAGGUCAAUGUUUUUGUUUUCAUUUAAGAUUUACAUGAGUCCAGAAUCGAUCCCAUGUAAUAGAGUGUUAUGUUGAGACUGUGUGUUAUCUCUCUUUGCCAGUCAUUUAGACUGCUGGGCAGUCCUUCAGUAUAAUGAUGUUGAAUUUGAGGUCAAACCUAGAGCAUCUUACCACAGUAUGGUACUGUACACUUGAACUGAGUGAAAAUAUGAGAAUCCAUGUGGAGAAGGGCUUAGUUUUUUUUUUUUCCCCCCAGUGUAAUUAUUCCAGAGGGAGGGGGUGCUUGGAUGUCAUGGCUUACAGUAGCUCCAAAUCGGAUCCGAUACAUUUGAAUCGGAUCAAAUGCAUUUGUACAGAAAUGGGAUCACUUGUAAAAUGUAUUUGUACAGCAGAUUUCUCAGAACAUUAGUAACCACAGACAUUACAGCAUAGGGGUGGGGGGGGGGCUGGGUGACACUCCUGAGGGGGACUAAGAGGCAGGAACCUCGAGAGGAACCAGACUCCAAACGAGGGAGCCCCCACUCCAAUGGGCCCCGGGGGGGGGGACAAGCUUAUUGCACAUUCACCCCCCCCCCCCCCCCCCCCCCCCCCCACUUUCUAACACAUUCAAAAUGGCAGAUUCCUCUCCUAAGCCAUUAUGGGCGCUUGUGGCUCUUAGUAUUUUACAAGCCUUCCCCUUAAAUUCUGCCGUAAGCUCCUGAGCUUACAGAGUUAUGUGUGCUGUGGUUUGCUGUAGUUCACUGCAGUUUACUACAGUUUGCUGCGAUUUACUGCGGAUUGCUGCGGUUUACUACAGUUUACUGCGGUUUGCUGCGGUUUACUACAGUUUACUGCGGUUUGCUGCGGUUUACUACAGUUUGCUGCGGUUUACUACAGUUUACUGCGGUUUACUACAGUUUGCUGCGGUGUCCAGUCAAGUAAUCACAGCUGGGAAUUCAUCAAAGACUAAUAUGAUUUUAUUGCUGAAUCUGGUAAAUACAGUUCCGAUUGUAAUUUUAAGUUUUUUACAAUGUACUCUUGCAGAGUAGGAGGGCAAAUAAACAUGCAAUGUUGAUUUUAAA